AUGCAUCAGUUGACAGGAUAUGUAGACUUUGGAAACCAACUCGAAAAGUUUCAUUCCUAUCUCAAGGGCCCCACUCAAAACAGAUUAUUCCAGUUGAAGGGAAAACACGGACACAUCACUGCCAUCAGGCCACAUAGAUCCACCAAUAAACCUGGACUAGGGAGCUCACGUAGAAACUUGGCACCUGAAAUUUUGAAAUACCGAAUUUUGGAGAAUAAUUCCAAUUCUAGUGUCGAGAAAUUCAAAACCCAUCAACCAGUCAUUUUAGAGGGUGAUUUAUUGGAUGCUGUAAAUGAUAAGGUGACGGAGGAAUUAGGCCAUAUCUGGAAAUCAUUACAAAUUCAACUAAAGAACCUUCAUUCUCAAUCCCAAGCAUCCGAAAACAGCUCGGCCAACUUGGUUCCAUUGAGGUGUUUACUCCUCCUAGCCAAUCUUGUUCAUCAGCAUGAUUUCCUGCCUUCUAUCUCGAACCAGGGAACUACGAUUUAUUAA